GGAAAAAAGGAUUGCAGGCUGAGGGUACGCACUCGAUAAAGCGUGGCCCACGGUGGAUGCGUUCCGGAAGGCUGGGUGGCUCCCAGGCAUAAGCCACAAUGACACGUGGUAACCAGAGAGAACUGGCACGCCAAAAGGCUCAGAAGAGACAAGACAAGUCAAAGAAGGCGGAGGAAAUGGAUGGUAACAAAGGACUUAGCAUGGAACAGAGGAAGCAAAGGGACGCGGACAUGAUGCGGCUGAAGCAGCAGAAGGCCGCCGAGAAGAAGACGGCCGCCGCGGCCGAGGCCGGCGGCUCCGCCAAGAAGUAAUCACGUGACUAG